GCCGCCUGUCUGCAGCCCAGCUGGCAGCAAGGAAGCUUCCUGGGCUAGCCUGGCAGUGUGUCGCCUGCUGUUGUGACGAAAGUAACGGUGACCCAUGGCCAUCUAGCUUCUGCGUCCCAUAUUUUUACUAUUCGAUAAGUGUACAGUAAAAUAGCCGCGCUGGAUUCCCAAAAGGAAAACUUUUUCGCAGUUUUCAAGCGUAGAAUGUGGAUUACUGGGAAGGUGGACCAUACUUCGCAGAAAGAGCAGAUCUUCACAGACUUGUACAAUGAGUGUAAGAAUAUUGCACCUGGAGCUCGUCUCUCCUACAUGCUGCGGACCAGGUUGGAACGCCUUCAGAGGGAGGACAGACGUGAGGUGGUGACUCGCACAAGGGAUGGUUGUGCACCCUUGUUUGUGGCCUGCAAAAGGGGUAAUGUGGAAGUGGUUGAAUACCUUAUCAGCACCUGCAGUGCGGACGUGGAGCAGAGAGGUCUUUAUGAAGUGCCUGAUGACCGAUCAAUUCACAACGUGACACCACUAUGGUGUGCCUCAGUGGCGGGCCGCUUGGCCGUGGUGAAGUGCCUGGUGCAGCAUGGGGCAGAUGUGAACAGUGUAUCAGACACAGGGUCCACUCCUGUCCGUAGCGCCUGUUUCAUGACACAUUUAGAUAUUGUGACAUAUUUAGUAGAGAAUGGAGCUGACAUAUCUAAACCAAAUUAUAAUGGUGGUACUUGCCUUAUCAAUUCUGUGCAGAGUGUGAAACUAUGUGAGUAUUUGCUAAUGCACAGAGCAGAUGUCAAUGCCCAGGAUAUCCAGAACAAAACAGCAUUGCAUUAUGCUAUCCAGGAGCAUCGCUUUGAAACCACACGAUUAUUGCUUGAAGCUGGAGCUGAUCCCCACCUCACCAGCCGGUAUCGAGAUGAUGCCUUACAAACAGCCUGUAUCAAGGGAGCAUUUCAGAUUUUUGAGUAUCUGAUAGAAAAAGUUUCAUAUCCACCCAAUCGGGUUGCAGAUGGUUAUGAACUUCUAGGUACCACCUUCUUGGAUGAGCAUCAUGACAUUCAGGCUGCCCUCCAGUACUGGCGUCGUGCAGCAACUAUCCGUGCAGCUGCUGGUGUAUCAAAAGUUGUUCUACCUGCCCGCUCUAAUUAUCAGAAUGCAAUUGAGUUCAGGACUGUGGAAGAGCUAGAGGCAGUGGCCACUGAUCUUAACAGCUUAAGGACACAGAGUUUACUUAUUUGUGAACGUAUCCUAGGCACAGCACACAAGGACAUGAUCUUUAGACUCAUGUACCGAGGUGCAGCUUAUGCUGAUUCCUUACAGUAUCAGAACUGCAUUGACCUUUGGCUGUAUGCCCUGGAAUUGCGAAUCCGUCGUGACACACUUCUUUUCAACGAAACCUGCUUCACUGCACAAGCUCUGGUGCGCCUCUACCUAGACAUGAUAGACAAACACAGUUCAGGGGUCAUGCAGGACACUGUUGCCUUCAGAGAUGCUUAUCGCACCCUGAGGUUAUUGAUAGAUCAACUACCAAGUUGCAUGGAGCUAUUGCGUCUCCAGCCUGUCCACAAGAGACACCAGAGUAACUUUGACCACAUGUUGAAAGUAGUGACCCAUAUGUUGUUUGUCUUACUGCACAUCCCCCAUGCAGAGGAGCAACGGGAAGAAGCAGUCACAAUGGUUAAAGGAGUCGUUCGCCUAGACCCCCGUACCUGCCAGGGAGGUCAUUCUCUUCUACAUUUAGCAGCCAUGAAAACAAAUGUGCUCAAUAACCAUGCCCUGCUAGAGGAUGACCAUAUGACACCCUUCCCCUCUGUAGCAGUGGUCAGCUUUCUACUGGAGUGUGGUGCUCCUGUCAAUGCCACUAAUGACAAGGGCUCCUCACCACUCUUCAUGGCUUCCCAGGACCUGCUCUUCAAACAAGAGAUUGUGGAAGUGUUGCUGAAGGCUGGGGGCCACGUGGACCAAGUGACGGCUUCCGGUGAUCGACCCAGCAAGAAUCUACGUCUCAACCCCAAGUGUCAUAUUAGCAUUCUCAACUACACGUCUCUCAAGUGUCUGGCAGCGAGGGUCAUCCAGAAACACCGCAUCCCGUACGCCGGCGAGGUGCCAAAACACCUCGAGGCCUUCGUGAAGAUGCACUAACAUUACCAUUUAUUUUCCUGAGUCCAGCCCUUCUGAUUUCCUGCUAUCACUUACUAGAGGUGAUAGUGUUUCGAAGGAUGAUAUUUAUUAUGCACCUUACUAGUCACGUGCUGAAGCAUUGCAGAGUGCCGUCCUGAAUCUCCAGACGAAAUACACUCACUGUACAGUGCCAGCCGACAAGUACCAAACAUUGUCUGUACUCUUGUGGAACUGUAGAUUAUGAGAAAGAUUAACCCAUAAUUGUGAUAACAAUGUUAUUAUCAUUCAUUGUUCUCUGGUGAAGUAAUAGCUUUUUCGGGAAGAGUGAUAAAGGAAGGAAAAAAAAACAAGUGGUGUGGACUGCUUGUCACGGGCUCAUGAUUUACAAUGUUGUAUGGCUCAAGUUCUGCUUAUCAUUUUGUUUUACUCUCAUCACAUAUUUGAAUAAUUUUUUCACACUAUUUCCUUCACUUAGUAUAUAGAUAUACAUAAGUAUGUAUGGGAAGACUGAUUAAUACAAUUUAGUCAAACACUUGCAUUACGUGCACGAUGAAAGUGUCUGUAUGACAUACUCAUGGCCACAGUGUCUAAUUAUAUUGCCAGUAAAAUUACCAAAUAUUCUCAACACUGAUGUCGCACGCAUUUUUAGACCUAAUUAAAAACAUUUUCGUGGCAGAAGUUUGUCAUACAGAAUUGUAUAUGAAUAACUUUUUUUUCUUAUUUACAUAAUGACAUGUACAAAAUAUUAUUACUUGUGAUAUAUAUUUUGAUAUUUUGCAAGCAGACACUGAUGGCCCUCAGUGUGUUUCUUCUUCACCUGACUCCCUGAGCAGCUUCCAUGAAGUGCAGUAGUGUGAUGCUUAUGAGUAUCAUUCAGGUAGAGGCCUCCUAUUACAUUUGUACCUUUACCCUCCUAUGACCCAUAGUAAGGUACUGUACAUGCCAUGCAUAUUUGGGUUGUGCGAUAUUGUAACUACAGCUCAGCCAACUACCAACAUUCACAACAAUAUAAUACUUAAAAAUCUUGUAUAAAACUAAACCUAUUUGUUCUGCCUGUCAGUGCUACAGAUUUGUAGGUCACCUUUAUUAGCUUCCACUAUGCACAGUAUUAGGGACUAGACAUGUCGUCCAAAGUGUUAGCUGAUAAUUUUGGAGAAAUCACAAGCAACGUGACAAACUAUGUUUAACCCUUUUCAAGUGUCAUUAAAUAACAACCCAGGUAAUCCCCACAUGGGUACUUUGUAAGGAUCGUUGCCUUGGCAGUUGCGGCUUCAGGCAACCUAUGAGACAUAAGAUAUUUUUAGAAAUUGUGGUUAUUUUAUGGGGAUGGAAUGGGAAAAUAGCUAAAAACAGUAGGAAGCUCAUAUCGGAGUAGUACUGAAUUCAUUGUUGAUAACAUGUAUAAUAAUAAUAAUAAUAAUAAUAAUAAAUAUAUAUUUUAAGAAAUAUGA